UAUACAUUUCUUAAAUAAAUUUUGACAUAAAAAUAAAAAUUUAUAUAAAAAUGAAAUUUUUAUUAGUACUUGGAUUAUUUGUUGUUGCUUGUUCAGCACAAACUACAGCGCAAUCUGAAACAGAAACCUCUUUACAAGCAGCCGUAGAUGCAGCAAAACAAGCUUGCAUUGAUGAAACUGGUGUUCCAGAAGCGGUCGUUUUAAGAGUUAGAAAUUUACAACCAGUUAUUUCACGUAAAGGAAAAUGUUAUGCAGCUUGUUUAAUGGACAAAUUCCAAGUUAUGGAUGAAAAUAACUAUGUUGAUGUUGAGAAAACCGUUCAAGUCAAUGUACCUGUAUUAGGUGAUGAUCCAGAUGUAUUAAAUGCUGCUAGACGUGUAUUCACAUUAUGUAGUGCAAAUUAUGAAAUGGACAGAUGUGAUUUCGCUCAUAAUUUCCUUACAUGUAUAUUCCGUUUUGAAGUAACUUCAAAAUUAAGAUUCUUAUUGUAAAAUACACAUAAAUGACAGUAAUUAAUCCGAAAAAUGAUAUUAAUAAUAAU